ACGUCGCUUUGAUUGGUGGAGUUUUAAUCUAUCUGAUACGGACACUAUAGUUUUUACAAUCGUAAUUGACAUGAAUGAUAAACGAUGACGACGUCAUCGAUCAUUUUUGUCCGAGCAAUUAUUCCUUUGAUUUAAUUGAAAUUCAGGCGUCGACAACAGUAGACUUUUACCAACAGUCACCGGACGUUGUAUUGAUGAACGAUUGCGCAUCAUCGAAAUACCUAUGGUUGUUGGAAAGUGAUACCGAGUUCGUGUUUCCCCAAUUUAUCUUGUCGUACACUAGGCACCAUGGGAAAGUUCGAUGUUACCUAUGAACAGCUGGUAGAGGCGCAAAAGAACAGUAGCAUUCUAAUCGUUGACGUUAGGGAACAGUCUGAAAUCGACACGACUGGCAAAUUACCAGGCAGCAUCCAUAUACCAAUGGGUAACGUUUCUAACACAUUGCAAAAUCUGUCAGAAGAAGAAUUUAUGGAAAAAUAUAAUAAACCUAAGCCCACCAAACACACAAAAAUCAUAUUUAGCUGUCAUAGUGGCAGGAGAAGUGGAAUGGUACAAGCGGAGAUGCAGAAAUUGGGAUAUGACAAUGUAUAUAAUUACACCGGAGGAUGGAAAGAGUGGUCAAGUAAGCAAAACUAAAAUAAGCUGAAUGAAGAAGAAGAACCAUGUUGCUAUGAUGCUGUUAUUUUAUCACUUCUUUUUUUAACACGCAAUGUAGUGGCCUUAUUGUUAUUAUAAAUCAAAGAAAAAGUUGCAUUGUCGAAAUAAUCACAAAUGUUUCUCAAUAA